CAUCGAGUACAAGUGCAAGCCAACAACAAUGUUUAUUUUUUGCUUUUAUUCGUUGGAAAAUUCGUAAAAUUCGAAAUAAGGGCUGUGCUUAUUAACGAGAUAAGAUAUAUAUAUGUAUUAACAAGAAUAAAGUGAAGUGAAUAAUAACGAAGCUCCAGCGCCGAAAGCACGAAAGUAAACAGAAAAUCGGAAAUCAAAAAAGUGAAUCAGAAUUUUUCCAGCGUACACACACAGGGGCAGGUCUAGCACACACACAGACACGACACUCGUACGGAACCAGUUGUGUUGUUGUAAAUAAGUGCAAGUGAAGAAGAAGCAGAAGCUGCGAUCGGAAAAUUAAGUAAAAUCGUGGAAAAAACGGGGCGGAAAAAGCGAGGAAAGUAGAAGAGGCGGAGUGCACUUAACACGCUUCGCUGGCUGCGCGACAGCAGAACGCCAGUCAAGCGCCAAAAACCAUUAGCGUAGAACCCCAUUUCCAGCUGGAGCGGCACAAGAAAGCAAUUUUCUGGUAGCAGAAACACCAAGAAACGGAAAUAAUUGGACGAUUUUUAGAAAGACAAAGAUAAUUAGCCGGAAUGGAGCUGAAAGUUUGGGUCGAGGGCAUUCAGCGGAUUGUUUGCGGCGUUACAGUGAGCACCACUUGUCAGGAUGUGGUCUUUGCUUUGGCCCAUGCCACCGGAAAAGUGGGAAGAUUUACAUUAAUCGAAAGGUGGCGCAAUAAUGAACGCCAUUUGGCCCCCAACGAGAAUCCCAUGAAGCUGCUGCUCAAAUGGGGGGAAUAUGCAAAUGAUGUGCAGUUUAUAUUACAACGAUCCGAGAACAAAACCCAGCAGCAGCAGCAGCAACAACAACAACAGAACAACAAUAACAACAACUUUGCUGUGAUGACAACGAAAAAGCCGCUGGGCCCAAAUAAUAAUAAUAAUAACAAUAAGCCAGCGCCCACAUUACAAAAGCAAAAGUCGAACGUCGAACUCAGCUACCGCACUAAGGAAUUGAAAAAGAGUUUUGGGGGCUACGAUGCCAAGCAGUUUGACAACAUUGGAAUAGUCAAAGGGAUCCCCCAGCAGCAGCAGCAACAACAGCAGUUGCACUCCCAAUCACCGACUUCAGGAGCUCCGAUGAGUCCCCCAGUUGUUCUCCAGGAGCAGCUGCCACCGCAGGAUAACAACAAUGUAACGCCGCUAGUCCCAAAACAUGAGAAAUCGCUAUCGAAUCCUCUGGACAUGAGCAGCACGGGUGGCACUCCACCUGUGGCCGGUGGAGCAAAUGGCUACAACGACUUCUACAACAAUAAUAGCAGCAGUAAUCAGCAUAUCUACAGCCAGCUGAGCAAAUCCAGCAAUGAACUCCGACGCUCCAGCCCCAACGAGAUGUACUACAACAACAAUAAUAAUAUCAGUAACAAUAAUAACUCCCCGGAGCUCUAUAAACAAACACCGACGAUUUCCGCGAAUGGUGCCUUAGUGCCACCACCAUAUCGUGACCCGCCGCCACCUAGGAACAGUCCUAUGUGCCAGGGCCAGCGUUUGGUCAGCAGCAAUGCGGACACUAUGUCAAAUGCCUCCUCCUCGACGAAUCCGUUCCUCAGUGACUACGAACAGCACAGCAACCACAAUAACAACAGCAUUAAUAAUAAUAGCCAGGCUAUGGAGGAGGGCGAGACAAUGUUCCAUGCCACGCAAUACACCGAUCUGCUGCAGAUCAUCAAGUUUCAGCGGGAGAAACUCACAGCCCAGCAAAUGGAAUUGCAAAAGUUCGACACGGAAAUAGUUUAUUUAGAAAGUAAGGAACGCGAUCACGCCCACGAAUUGGAGGCCAUAUCGCGUGAGAUCUCCAAAGCAGAUCAAAUAUUUCGGCAAGGCAGCGAACAGCUACAGACUUUGCAGUAUGUGGAGGAGGAGAACGAACUGGUCAAGCAGCAGGAGAAGACAUUGAAGUCUGAGAUUGCUCUGCUGCGCUCCAAGUUGGCUAACUGCGAGACAGAGCUGCUGCAAUGCAAGAAUAAAAUGCGUUUGCUCAUGGACGACAUUGAGCUGGAGCAACAGCAGCAGCAGCAGACCAAUAGGCAAACUGUGGAGCGUGACUUCUUAAUGGAAAUGGAGCGGAUACAGAGCGAAAUUGACCAGGCCCUGCACAAUACUGACACUUCAAACAAGACAGCAGAUAGUUUGAAAAAGGAGUUGUUGAUGAUUGAGCAUGCCAUCGCCGAGAAAAAGCGACAGGUGGAACAGUUGGUCAACGAGAUGAAGGAGGUGAAUUUGCAGAGUCUGACGGUGACCACCACGGAGGAGAUCAAGCAUUUGUUGGAGGGACCCAACAAGCAGGGAAGCAGUCGGCGGAUUAUUGGGUCGCCCAGGCAACUGGAAACUGCUGUUCCGACCAGUAAAAAUCCUCACGGCGUCUGGGUUUAAGUCACACCGGCAUCGAAACUAUUUUUCUAAACAUAUUCCUCCUCCAACAAAUGAUGUUUUUGGGAACAAAAUUGAAAAACAUAUCUUGAAUGCAUAAUGGAGUUGACACAAAACGGAUUCCAAUAUGAAUAUCACAAUUUUACACAAUAUUCUCUACAAAUUUACAAUGAUCAACACGUUUGAUCACGGUUUUAGUAUGCUAACAUUCCAACCACUCUCUAUGGAUCUCUAUAAGCAAUGAUAUAUGUUACAAUUUGGGAAACGCAGCCCACUAAUGUCUCCACAUUCUGCACUGUACUUUGCAUUUUAAUGUAGGAAAGGAGUCCAAAUCCACAUACCCCUAAUUUUAAUUUUGUGUGCUAUACUUCUGUUUAAUUUUUGUUGCUAGUCUACGUGUUAACAAAAGCCCUUUCCAAUCUCUACAAUUCGCCAUUAGUUGUUAAUUUAACAAUGAACUUUAAUUGUUGCAAUAAUUCGAAUGUAACGAAACUUAAAACGCCUUUUUACCAUUUAAGUAGUGCACUUAGUGAUUUGUCUCCCACAGAAUGAUUCUUUAUAGAAUUCACAGUUCGAAUUACACAAAACUUAUUGUACUUAGCAAUUAGCGCAGCUUUAACAAGAAAUUACAAAUUAGCAAUGCUUUGUUAAAAAGUUUCACUUAUAAAGUGCUUAGCCUUAGCCACCGGAUAUCGAAUCAUAAGAUCGAAGCAUUAAUAAUUGCAAGUGUCACGCAUUCGUAUUUGAUGCUUAUUUUGUAGGGUUAAAUGCAUACAACUAAAAAACAACUCAUAAGUCGCUUCUGUGUAUUAUGUUUUUAAUUAGCAAUAUUUAAUAUUAUAUAUUUACACAAAUUGAUAGUGAACCACAAAAACACCAACCGAAAUGCAAUUUAUUAAAUAAUAUACAGUACUAUUAACUUUAAACUAAAACGGUUUUAGAACAAAUUUUAAUUUCAUUAUUUCUAAUUAGCUAAUAAAUACAUUUUUAUGAUUUU